AUGAUCAGCUCGGUGUGUGUCUCCUCCUACCGCGGGCGUAAGUCGGGGAACAAGCCUCCGUCCAAAACAUGUCUGAAGGAGGAGAUGGCCAAGGGCGAGGCGUCGGAGAAGAUCAUCAUCAACGUGGGCGGCACGCGACAUGAGACCUACCGCAGCACCCUGCGCACCCUGCCGGGCACCCGCCUCGCCUGGCUGGCCGAUCCCGACGGCGGGGGCCGGCCUGAGUCGGAUGGCGGCGGCUGUGGAGGCGCGGGCGGCAGCGGGGGCGGAGGCUGCGAGUUCUUCUUCGACCGGCACCCCGGCGUCUUCGCCUACGUGCUCAACUACUACCGCACCGGCAAGCUGCACUGCCCCGCCGACGUGUGCGGGCCGCUCUUCGAGGAGGAGCUCACCUUCUGGGGCAUCGAUGAGACCGACGUGGAGCCCUGCUGCUGGAUGACCUACAGGCAGCAUCGCGACGCCGAGGAGGCGCUCGACAUCUUCGAAAGCCCGGACGGAGGAGGUGGCGGUGGCGGUGGCGGCGCGGGUCCUGGAGAGGAGGCCGGCGAUGAGGAGCGCGAGUUGGCCCUUCAGCGCCUGGGUCCUCAUGAGGGAGGUGCGGGGCCUGGCUCCGGGUCCGGGAGCUGCCGUGGCUGGCAACCCCGUAUGUGGGCGCUCUUCGAGGACCCCUACUCUUCCCGGGCAGCCAGGGUGGUGGCCUUCGCCUCCCUCUUCUUCAUCCUGGUGUCCAUCACCACCUUCUGCUUGGAGACUCACGAGGCCUUCAACAUAGACCGCAACGUGACUGAGAUCCACCGGGUGGGCAAUAUCACCAGUGUGCGCUUCCGCCGCGAGGUGGAGACCGAGCCCAUCCUGACCUACAUAGAGGGUGUGUGUGUGCUGUGGUUCACGCUGGAGUUCCUGGUGCGCAUCGUGUGCUGCCCUGACACGCUGGACUUUGUCAAGAACCUGCUCAACAUCAUUGACUUCGUGGCCAUCCUGCCCUUCUACCUGGAGGUGGGGCUGAGCGGCCUCUCAUCCAAGGCUGCUCGCGAUGUGCUGGGCUUCCUACGCGUCGUACGCUUCGUGCGUAUUUUACGUAUCUUCAAGCUCACCCGCCACUUUGUGGGCCUGCGCGUGCUGGGUCACACGCUGCGCGCCAGCACCAAUGAGUUUCUGCUGCUCAUCAUCUUCCUGGCUCUGGGCGUGCUCAUCUUCGCCACCAUGAUCUACUACGCCGAGCGCAUUGGCGCUAGGCCCUCCGACCCACGGGGCAACGACCACACCGACUUCAAAAACAUCCCCAUCGGCUUCUGGUGGGCUGUGGUCACCAUGACAACGCUGGGCUACGGGGACAUGUACCCCAAGACAUGGUCGGGCAUGCUGGUGGGGGCGCUGUGUGCGCUGGCCGGUGUGCUUACCAUUGCCAUGCCCGUACCUGUCAUUGUCAACAACUUCGGCAUGUACUACUCCCUGGCCAUGGCCAAGCAGAAGCUGCCUAAGAAACGGAAGAAGCAUGUGCCCCGGCCAGCCCAGCUCGAGUCACCUGUCUACUGCAAAUCGGAGGAGACCUCACCACGGGACAGCACCUACAGCGAUGCCAGCCCCCCUGCCCGGGAAGAGGGCAUGGUGGAGAGGAAGCGGGCAGACUCGAAGCAGAAUGGCGAUGCCAGUGCAGUGCUGUCAGAUGAGGAGGGAGCUGGCCUCACUCAGCCCCUGGCCUCUGCCCCAACCCCCGAGGAACGUCGAGCCCUGCGCCGCUCAGGCACCAGAGACAGGAACAAGAAGGCAGCGGCUUGCUUCCUGCUCAGCGCCGGGGACUAUGCCUGUGCCGAUGGCAGUGUCCGCAAAGAGACCUGCCAAGACGCCCUCUCGUCCAACUAUGCCCAGGCUGAAGUCCUCACUCUCUCCUAA